CCCAUGUGGGUCCGGUGACAGGAUCCUCUUCUUUCUCAGCUGGCAGCCCUGAUCUCAACAACAGAGACAAGACCAGAGCAGUCUCCCACUGUGCAGUCUAGUGGAUAGCAGCUGCAUUUCCAAACUCUCUCAACCAUGGGAGCAGGAGCCAGCGCAGAAGAGAAGCACUCAAGGGACCUGGAAAAGAAGCUGAGAGAAGAUGCAGAAAAAGAUGCCAGAACAGUCAAACUCUUACUGCUGGGUGCUGGAGAAUCUGGCAAGAGCACCAUUGUCAAGCAGAUGAAAAUUAUUCAUCAAGAUGGUUACUCCCGUGAGGAAUGUCUUGAGUUCAUCAGCAUCAUCUACAGUAACACCUUGCAAUCUAUGAUGGCUAUUGUCAAGGCAAUGACCACACUGAACAUCGGCUAUGGAGACAGUGCCAGGCAGGAUGAUUCUCGCAAACUGAUGCAUCUAGCCGAUACCAUCGACGAAGGCACGAUGCCAAAAGAGCUGUAUGAAAUUAUCAGCCGUCUGUGGAAAGAUUCUGGCAUCCAGGCCUGCUUCGAGCGGGCCUCAGAGUACCAGCUCAACGACUCUGCUGGCUACUACCUCAAUGACCUGGACCGGCUUGUCCAGCCAGGCUACCUUCCCACUGAGCAGGAUGUCCUGCGUUCAAGAGUGAAAACCACUGGUAUCAUUGAGACUCAAUUUGGAUUUAAAGAUCUCAACUUCAGAAUGUUCGAUGUGGGUGGACAACGCUCCGAACGCAAGAAAUGGAUCCACUGCUUCGAAGGUGUGACCUGUAUCAUCUUCAUUGCUGCACUCAGUGCGUACGACAUGGUGCUGGUGGAGGACGAUGAAGUGAACCGGAUGCACGAGAGUCUACAUCUCUUCAACAGUAUCUGUAAUCAUCGUUACUUCAUCGCAACUUCGAUCGUCCUUUUCCUCAACAAGAAGGAUGUGUUCCAGGAGAAGAUCAAGAAGACCCAUCUGAGCAUCUGUUUCCCAGACUAUGAUGGUAACAACUCAAUGGAGGAUGCUGGGGCUUACAUUAAAGCCCAAUUCCUGGAAUUAAACAUGAGGAGAGAUGUGAAGGAGAUUUACUCGCACAUGACCUGUGCCACUGACACAGAAAACGUCAAGUUUGUGUUCGAUGCAGUGACAGACAUCAUCAUCAAGGAGAACUUGAAAGACUGCGGUCUCUUCUAAAUCACUCCCAGCUGUCCAAGGAGCUCUACAAUACUCUCAAAGCUACCCAUGAAUUUUAUUCUUCAAUGACUGAGCCUAGAGAAGUUCUGAUCCUAUGUCUGCUGAUGGUGUUUCCAAUCUGUUUGCGAUCAUUGGCUGUGAUUGAGAUGUGGACAGAAGCAGUUCCAUUAAACAUUUAAGAAUCCUGUAAUGAUCUGAUCAACCCAGCCGAUUUCCCUCCUGGAGACAGUUGUGGUUUUAACCAAAAUUGCUUUCCUACAGUAAUGCUGAUUCAAUACAGCCCAUCAACUAAAUCUCCAAUGAUAAGUAGAUUGAAGAAAUGUUGGGAUCUCCUAUCAGUUCCAGAUUUGCAUGGGGUAUAAAUUUAUACAGUAGCACUGUUAUCCCGUGCAUUAAACUAGCAAACUAGGGAUUUUAAAGUGGCAGCUCUUCUUUUAAAUAAACAAUUUAGUUGAUGUUUAUAGUGAUGCAUUAAAUUCAUUUGAAUGCAA